GGCCACUGCGUUCCAUUAGUAUCGUUCCGAUCAUCCGAACUAGUGUUGUGGCCACCUGCUGUCCUAAUAUACCGUACGUUCGUUGCUUUUGAAUUAUUUAUUUCCAACUUGAAAUCAAAACUGAUCCCUUUUUAGGCUAUUAUAUUUUUUUUAAUUAGUUGCUAUCAGUUUCGUUAACGCGCUUUUGUUUACAAAUGUGAUCGGGUGUCGUCGUCACGUGAUGGCAAACGGAAAAGAGCAAAACGUAGAAAUGCAAGAUAAAACGGACGGGUGUUUGACACCGGUAGACGAAGAACGAGAACCAUGUUUGAAGGAUGCCGAACCGAAGAACAACGGGGUGGCAUCCAAAGUGAAGUCAACCGCUGACAAUAAUAAUAGCAACGGUGGCGGCAAGUUCCUAACGUUCACGGCCACCAACCUCGAACAAAAGCUUCGGGACAAGACCGGGUUUUCCAGGACUGGUUUGCUGGUGACAGCUUUGACAUUGUUCCUGUGUGUUAUUCUGUUUAUCACGUUAAUAGUCCUUUUGUUUAUGUGGCCUCGUCCUCCCAGCGUUUUCCCAGUUUGUCGGCGAGCAUCUUGUCUCCGAGCUUCAGCAGAGAUUUUGCCUAAAAUCAACUUUACCUAUUCGCCUUGUAAAGAUUUCCGAGAAUAUGCUUGCGGAGGUUGGUUUCAAGCUAAUGAUUUACCACCUUACAUGAGUUCUUGGAGUCUGAAGAAACGUAUUCAACAAGACCAAAAAAUUAAAAUUAGAAAUAUGGUUGUUACGCUAAGAAACGUAGCUAGUACCAAUUCGCUGAACUGGAAAAUGAAACACUUUUAUGAAUCUUGUAUGAAUUUGGACAAUAUCGAGACAGACGAAGGAAAACCGUUAAAGACAAUCAUUAGUACUAAUUUAAAUGGCUGGCAUGUACUAAAAGAUUUUAACGUUCAUGCAUGGGAUGCUUCUCAGGCUCUCGUACAACUUAAUGCCAAGUAUAGCGUGAGCCCUUUCUUUAAAAUUGACGUGGUCCCAGAUGAAAAGUUCGCUGGGCGCAAUAUAAUUCAGAUAUCGCCUGCUGGUCUUGGAUUACCAGAUCGGAGGUACUACUACAGACAACAGAGUUCCAAGAUAGUUACUGCUUAUAAACAAUAUUUAGUUGAUGUCACUCAACUUUUGGGAGCUACUAGUGGUGAUGCAUCUACUUUCAGUGAUGACAUGUUUCAUUAUGAAAAACGUAUUGCAGAAAUUACACCAGCAGUAAAACAAGAAGAUCCAUUUUCAUCUCAUCACAGAUUUAAACUUUCAAAAUUCAAGGAACUUGCUGGAAUGAUACCACUUCUAGAUAUCUUACAAGCAAAGUUUCCAGAAAGUGACAUUAAUGAUGAUACAUACGUAUCAGUGGUUUCACCAACAUAUUUUGGUAAUUUAUCGAACCUAAUAUCAUCAUCUGAACGGAGUGGACUUAACGAUUACUUUAUGUGGAAAUUAGCUGAGGCAUAUGUACCUUAUCUUUCCGUCAAAUUUAGAGAAGUUGUAAAAAUUUAUACAGCUGAACUUAUUGGAGAAAAAGAUUCUUCACCUAGAUGGGAAACAUGUGUAUCAAUUUUACAAAAGUAUAUGGGAUUUGGUAUAUCAGCAACAUUAGAACCUACAAUUGAAAACAAAGCUGAAAUAGUAGCUGUUGUUAAAGAAAUAUUUGAAAAUAUUAAAGAUACAAUUAAAUCUAACGUAGAAAAAGCUCAAGGUUUGGAACCUGAAUUACAAGCACAUGUUUUGGACAAAUUAAAUUCGUUAACUGUUCAAGUGGGUUUGCCAGAUCAUACACUUCAAGAAACUUAUAUUAAUCAAUUUUAUAAUCCAUUCCCUAUUCAAAAACUUGAUUACUUCCAAAAUAUCAAGCACGCUAUAUCUUUCCUCAAAGAUUAUUCUCAAACAAAACUUAAAUCAAAAAAAGAAGAAUAUGGGUGGUUUGAUGAUCUAGUAUCAGAUGAUCCAAAGGUUACAUAUAAUAUUGCAAGCAACAAGGUGAUUGUACCAUUGUCUAUAAUUGCACCACCGUAUUUUGAGACAGGAUAUCCAGAGGCUUUGUUGUAUGGAGGUAUUGGUGUUGAAUUAAGUUCUGCUAUCCUAUCUAGUGUUUAUCCAUCAGGUGUAGCAUAUACAAAAGAAGGUAUCCUUCUAGAUAACACUGUGGUAGUAAACAAAAGUAUAUCUGCUACAAUUGAAACGAGAAAUUGUUUUGGACAGUCUUUCAAAGACCAACAAGUUGAAGUUGUGAAUAAUACAGCACUUUCUGCUAUGUUAUCAGUAUCAAGUGUGCGAUAUGCAUUACAAAGCUUAGCAAAAAUAACUAACAUAGGCCCACAUUUUCAUCAACCAGCAAUGGAAAAUUAUGAAUUUGAUGCACUUUUCUUUUUGGCGUAUGCUCAAUCAAUGUGCACCAUAAAAUCUCCACAGAAACAAGAAUUAGAUACAAUGUACAAUCUUAUGUCUGAUGAGUCUAUAUUAUUAAAAACUGUUGCGGACCAUUUAGACUCAUUUCAAAAUGUGUUCCAGUGUCAUGAAAGCUCAAUAAAAACAUGCAACUAUAUAUAUUAAUUAGCAUAAAAAAUUAUGAAUUUGGUUUCCUAAAAUGAUAAUUUAUAUUGUCUAUAAAAAUUUCAUGUACGAUUUGUGUUAAAUUAUUUGUAUCUCAUAAUUUCAUUUUAAAAUUAUAACUACCAUGACAAUUUUUUAAGUGAUAAAAAUACAGUUAUUAAUAAACUUUAAAUUUAUCAAUUAUUUUAUAAUAAUGGUAAAGCAAAAUCUGUAAUUUAUUUAGUUAAAUAAAUCUUAAUUAAGUAUUAAUUUGAUAAUCUUUUAGCCAUUUAAUAUAUUAAUUAUAAUAGUAGGUCUAAUUAUUGUAAAUUGUUUUCAACAACAUAUAAAAUUAUAUAUUUUUAAAAAAUAAAAAUUUUUACAUUUUUAUUUAAUUUUGUAAAUAACUAUAUAUAUUUCUGUCUUAAUUGUUGUUUAUUACGCAUUUUAAAUGUAAAUAAUAUAAUUAUUUAUUUUUUAUUCUUGACAUUUUAUUUAAGUUAGUUGUAAUCACAUGGAUAUUCAAACUGUAAAAUAUUAAUUUACAUUUUUAUGUAUAAGACUUAUGUUUUAAGGAACAUUAACAAUUAAUUUUCUUCACUAAAAAUUCAAUGAAAAGUAUAAUUUGGGUAUGCAAUAAUUUGUAAAACUAUUAUGUUUAAAUUGUUAAAUUAGUUGAAAAGUUCUGACUAUUAAUGUUUUUUUUUUUUAAUGAAAAGAAACGUUAUAAAUAGCUAUUAAAGAAAUUUUUUUUUAAUAUAUGAAAAUAUUACAAUUUUUUAUACUUUAUUAAUUAAAAUAAAUGUUAAAUAAAUAUUAGUUAAUGAUA